AUAACCUCAUUAACUAACCUAAAUAAUCGCAGAUAAAAAUUUCACCUAUUUUCUAUUUUUAAAGACAUUACGUUAAGAUAAAUUGAUUAAAACGACAAAUAUAAUAUAAUUUUACUCAAAAUAACCGUUUAUCAAAAGAAUUUUUAGCUUAUCCUGAAUGAAAAUAUCCCCAAAAUCAUGGAAAAUUGGCAGGCUUUAUUAAUUUUCAUCACAAUUCGACUCCUAUCAGUAUUUUUAGUACAAACUUGGUAUGUACCGGAUGAAUAUUGGCAAUCAUUGGAAGUGGCACAUAAAUUAGUUUUCGGUUAUGGAGAAUUAACAUGGGAAUGGAAAAAUGGUUUAAGAAGUUAUAUUUAUCCUUUAAUAAUCAGUUUUAUAUAUAAAAUUUUACAGUUUUUACAUUUAGAUACAGUAUUCACUUUGACAAUAAUUCCUAGAAUUUUACAAGGAUUAUUAAGCGCAUACGCCGAUUAUAGGUUCUAUCAUUGGUCGGGAACAAAAAAAUGGGCUGUUUUUAUAAUGGGUUCAACGUAUUUUUGGUUCUAUACUAGCUCACGAACGUUAAUUAAUUCAUUCGAAACAGCUCUUACAACGAUUGCACUUUCAUAUUUUCCUUGGCCAAAUAAAACUCCACAAAAAAAACGAACUAAAGCAUCUAUUACAAGACUAGAAAGUGAUGUAUUUAUUUAUGUUGUUGCAUUUUUAUGCGCUGUGAGACCAACAGCUGCUAUUCAAUGGCUCCCUUUAUGUUUAUUUCAUUUAAAAACAUCAACAGAAACUUAUUUUCAAUUGGUUUUUAAAAAAUAUUUACCCAUUGGGUUAAUAACAUUAUUUUUAUCUUGUUUAAUUGAUUCUUGGGCUCAUGGUUCGUUCGUAAUAACCCAUUACGAAUUUUUAAAAGCAAACGUUCUAAAUAAUAUCUCAGAAUUUUAUGGAUCACACUCAUGGCAUUGGUAUUUAUCGAAUGGAUUACCCGUUUUAUUAGGAAUCAAUUUUUUCCCAUUCAUUUGGGCCGCUUUUUCUAUUGUGAAGCACCGUGAAACCGCCCCAAACGAAUUGGUUUUAUUGGGGACCAUGGUUUUUACAAUUUCCGUUUAUAGUUGGUUGCCCCAUAAAGAAUAUCGGUUUAUUUUACCGUUAUUACCGAUGGCUUUACAUAUUUUAGCGGAUUACUUAUCAAAAUGGAGUCGAAAAGCAAAUUUAUCGUUCGUGUGGAUUAUUUCAAUUAUAAUCUUGUUGGGAAAUGUAAUUCCGGGUCUUUAUUUAAGUUUAAUUCAUCAAAGAGGUACAUUGGAUGUGAUGCAACCUCUACAAGAAAUUGCAGAAAAACAACCAGAUAAAGCUAACUUUUUAUUUUUAACUCCGUGCCAUUCGACACCUUUAUACAGCCAUCUCCACGUAAACGUAACGACUCGUUACUUAAAAUGCGUCCCGAAUCUAAAUGACAUCAAAAAUUAUAAAGAUGAGGCCGAUGUUUUUUAUUCUGGACAAAAUAUAUGGAUUCGACAACAUUAUCCAGCUCAUAAACCACUUCCGUCUCAUAUUAUAGCCUUUGAUGUACUCAUUGAUUCAAUUUCGGAUAUUUUAAGCAUGUACAAACCUGUUAAUUAUAUUUUUCACACCGAUCGAGUCUCUGAUGGAAGAAUUGGGAAGAAUAUUGUUGUUUUCGAGCGAAUCGAUACGGUUAAUACACCGAUUAAUACUGCGACGUCGUAAAAAUGAUUUAAUAAUAAAUAAAAACGUUUGUUUAAAUUUUGUUAUAAAAAGAUUGAGGUUA